AUGUCAAAAGACUACGAUUCUGUAUUCUCCCGUCAAAAUUCCGCACAAAUAUUUCAAAACAUUACCGCUCCUCAACAAUCCGUGUUUGCGUGCGGUGAUUAUUUUUUGAAGCCGUACUCCGUAUGUUUGGAUUGUUUUCGGCAAAACCAAACGAAUACGGUAUUGAACACGCUGGUGCCGCCAGCUGCUGAUGCCAUUCGUAGCGCGUGUAGGUCGGUGAGUGCUAUUGCUGGGUAUGACGCCACGAAUUCUGUUAAUGGUGGUGUAUAUACUGGCGGUGGUG